AUGCAAAACAUUGCAGAAGAGAUUUCAUUUAAAAAAGAUGAUCUAACUAAUCAAGAAUCAAUCAUUCAAGUCCUAUUAGAAUACGUAGAUAUGAAUUUAUUUGAGAUUGGUAAUGAUAUUCAACAAACUUUAAUUGAAAUCUUAGAAUUCAUUGGAACACUGGUUGAUAACACUAUAUUGGUACUGCAGCUGCCCGAUGUAAACUUUGUUUCGUUGAUACUCAAAUGGAUUAAAAUGAGCGGAUUACCAUUCUCCAUUCAACGAGCAGCAAGAACAGUUCAUGAAGUGGAGUUACCAACAAUUGUGGCCGAUUCAACGCCUCGGUCUUCAGUGGUCAAACUGGAAAAUAAACGACUACGUAUUAUGAUUAGCUAUUCGCAUGCGGAUAGUGACUUUUGUCAUCAGCUAGCCGACGCACUUGAAGAAGGAAACUUGUUUGCUCUCUGGGUUGACUUUGAUUAUUGUCACACGGAUGACCUAUGGGAAGAAAUUGGUCAAACAAUUGAAAACUGUGAUAUUAUUCUUUUUCUCAUGACCAAAGAUUAUCAAGCCAGUAAAUUGUGUCGUCAAGAAGUAAUGUAUGCAAAAGAUUCUCUGAAGAAACGGUUUGUUCCCGUUUACUUGACGCGUGAUUUUCCCGCUAGUAGUUGGUUGGGUGUGCGUAUUGUCGGUCCACAAUAUAUUCGUUUUGGCAAAAAACCUUUCGAUGUAACGGUGAAAGAUCUCAAAAAACUUAUUUUGGAAGAGAAAGGAGAUAAAAACUUGAAAACGAAAGAUUCUAAAGUGUCCGCAAUUGAACCUCCAAGUGAAACUAAGGAAGACGAAAAUAGCAAGUCGAAUGAAGAUUCGCCAAAACAGGAUCCUGAGAAUUCCAAUCAAUCCACGCAUGAAACAAAGCCAAUAUCUAAACCUGAUUCUAAACCUAUUGAAACAUCGAACUCGCAAGAUAUAGCUGAUUGGUUCGAUGGGAACAAAGUUCGUCCUGAACUGAAAAAAAUAGACUUCAGUGGAUUCACAGAAAAACAAUUACAAACACUUUUAAAUAUUGAGCACAUUCGUCAACAUUUAAUGGAAGUUGGCUUGAUUGAUCGACAUGGUCAAGUUACAACCAAACACGAGUAUGAACGCAGUACUGUUAAACAUCGUUCUAGACGACGUGUUAUUUCAAAUAAAAAUAUUGAAAAAUUUCAGACACCUAUUCAUCGUGAAUUAACAGCGGCAACUAAUGGAUAUUCAAAGUCAGGCUCAAUCGAUCAAAAACUUAUAAGUUCUGCCGUUCGUCAUACAAGAAAAGUUAUUAAAUAUUAUAUUUUAUUUUAUUCUUCUUAUCUAUACCUUUAUCAGGGAAGUAGAUCUCAAUCUCCAAAACGUUAUUCAUCAGCUCAUCGAUCAUCACGUGCAAAAUCUGCUUUGGACUAUCGCGUUAUCAGUCCAAAGCCAAUACUAAAUAACAAGCGAUGUGUAGUAACAAUGAUUUAUUAUGGAUCACAAACAAAAAUUGAUUAUAAACGUAAUUGUUUUUAUCAUGAAGACGACGAAAUCAUUGUGAUGCAGCAACAUUGUGGCGGAGAAAAUGUUAUUGUUUAUAAAGAUGCAUUACAACCUAAUAAAAUAUUUGAGUUCGAAUCUCGAAGACAUCCUGAUUAUCCAUUUGCAUUAACAUUUUAUGUAAAUGGUCUUAUCGAUAAUCGUUUAUCAAUUUGUUGCGAAUCGAGAUACAAACACAAUGUAAGACUAAGUGGAAAACGCGGCCUUUUCGGUAUAGUAAACGUUCAAAAAUCGAAAGCAUGCAAGAGAUGUCAAACUGAAUUACGAAUGAAAAAAUUAGCAAAGUUAAAAGCUAAAAAUAAACCAAUGAGUGCUGAUAUGUUAUCGACGGAUUCGAAUCCGACUGAAACAACAAGUCCUGAAGCAACCAUGAGACGUGCAAUGGCUUCACAAGGACGCUAUGAAUCAGCAUCCCAUUUACCAAUUGAACCCGAUCAACAAAAAGUAACAACUGAUUUAGCAAGACAUAUUAAUAUACUAAACGAAAACCUGCUUUUCGAACUCGACAAAAAUCUACGACAAGAAGUUCCAAUAUCAAAACAAACUUCUGAUAGCGAAAGUUAUGAAUCCAUUGUUUCUGCUGCCAAAAACAGUAGUCAUAAAAAAGCAAUCAUACUUCAGCAAUCAAACACAGAUUUCAACACUCUUAACGGCGAUUAA